CCUCGCCCAACUGACGCGAGAUGUCGCCUGCGUCGAACGUCGUUUCCGGGUUUAGAGCGCACCUGCUGAUCCUGUCGGCUGAAACCAAGGAAGUGUGCAAAGACAUAAUCCACGGUUAAAUUUUAUAACGCGAAUUAUUUCACGGAAGAAUUGAGACUGGUCAUGAAGUCAGGUGGGCAACUUGAUCGUAUGGUUCAGUCAAGACUGAAGAGAUUAUUUAUGACAAGGUCUCAAUAAAUUGCAUGAUCACAUGAUGGCUGAGCAAUUAACUAAUGGUCAUACUUCAUCAGUCUUAUGCCUGGAUGUUCAAAGACAAACAGAACAGUUGGCCUCUGGAGGAGAAAAUGGAGAACUUUGUAUCUGGUCGUUAGUGGAUAAAAGUCUUCAGAAAAAAUAUGUUCAACUGGAUUGUGAUUGUACCUCAGUUUGUUUCUCAAAAAUUAAUCCAAAUCUUUUGUAUGCAGCCUUUGGAGAAAAGAUCUUAGUAUUUAACACAGAACAGUUUGCAGAACCAGAACACACAUACGAUUAUAACACAGAUGAGAUUAACCAGAUCAUUUUGAACAAUAAUGAGGAAAAUCUAGCGGCAUGUGAUGACUCUGGAGAAGUUAAAAUAAUUAACCUUUUAGAGAAGAAAAUGUUUAGAACUUUACGAAACAAACAUACAAACAUCUGCUCUACAAUUAUUUUCCGUCCAAACCGACAACAAGAUAUAGUCAGUGCUGGGCUGGAUGGAAAACUCAUUCACUGGCUUUAUCCCAAUCAUAAGUGCUUGAAUCAAUUUAAUAUGCAGGAAUUGUUAAACACACCAGAGGAUGCUUCUGCCUAUAUGGUGAAUCCUCCUUUUAUACAUCAUAUGGCAUGCUCCCCUAAUGGAACUUACAUUGCAUGUGGUAUGCAGAAUGGUCAAAUUGCGGUGUUUAAUGGGAAUCGUAAAAAUCUUUCGCAACUUUUUAAUUUGCAUGCACACACACAGGGAGUUUCUCAAGUUACAUUCUGUGAUGAAACACAUCUUAUAUCAGGAGGAAAUGACUGCCAACUAAUAGUUUGGGAUUUAAGUAAAGCUGAAAAUUUAGAAAAUUUAGAAAACGGAUCAAGUGCAAAUGGUCAUGGUUCACCUCUGGACCAUCGCAAUGCACAAAUAACCCAUUUGUGUAAAGAACAAUCAUUUAAUCAUCCAAUGAAAAUUAAUUGGCUUGAUUAUUUUUGUAGAAACGAAAUUCGGUAUUUAUUAGUUGCCGAUCAAACAAUGUGUAUAUCUGUUUUACCUAUAUCUUAAUUAUACACAGAAGAUUAUUAAAGUUUAGUUUCAACAAUAAAUGAGAAUACAAUACAUGUAUAAGCUUUAAUGUGAAUUUUUAGUUACAUUUCUAUUAUCUGUAGCCAAACACAAAAUCCAGUGAUGAAUUUGGAAAAAAUAAUAUUACAGCUACCAGUAUGUUUUAUAUCAUUUAAGAAAUGAAAUAUUUUUAACUUUAAAUAUGUUUGUUUAAAUUAGUACUACACUUAA